CGAGAAAUGCCACUGGAACUUUCACAUGCUUCUUUGUUGUUGAUAUAGCCAUUUGAGCCCAUGUUUUGUCAAAUAGAUCGCCCAUAUACAUCCUUUAUUUUUAUGCGGACAGGGGGUGCUCCUGCCCCAUUUGGUAUCAGCCAUGGUCAGCUCAGCCCGAUCGCCUUCUUCCUCGCGUCAUCUUGACAGGGUGCCGCAGCAGCGUGGCGCUGCUCCCGUUGCUUGAUACUUGUUAGACUAAGAUCAUAACCAGCCAAGCUGUUCUUGCGCCAGCCGUGCUGGUCUCCCACGCGAGUCGCGUGGCACCGCCCUUGCAUGGCGGCUGGCCUCCCGCGCGAGUCGCGUGGCACCGCCCUUGCAUGAGCCAUGCAGAGUCAAGCCGUCUCUAUCUACUCCUUGGAUAUAGGAUCAGCUGUUGUUUAGCGUGUGUGUGCGUGCGUUGUAUCCUCUCUCUCUCUCUCAAAGUGUACUCUCUUAUACAUGCUACCCUGAGAGGAUGAAUACAACUCGCAUAUUGAGCUCAUCCUUAUAGUUUAACAUGGUAUCAGUUUCGUGAUCCUCCUUUCUCGCUUCCACCAUGGCUGAGGAAACCUCGGACGCCGCGGCUGCCGCCGCCCUGGGCACUCCUCAGGCUUCCUGCUCCCCUCCCCCUCCCCCACCGGCCACCUCCCCUCUGCAGGUCGCCCCCUCCCCACUUCUGCUCCUUGCCGCUCCUUCUCUCCCUCACUUCAAGACGGCGGCGCAGCUCCAUGCCGAGCGCGUCGAAGGCGCCAACAUCUUCCACCGCGUCUGCGUCGUCCUCGACAUGCAGGGGAAGAACUACUCCAUCUGGCGUGGGCUGAUGGAAGAAGCCUUCGAUCAGUAGACGUGAACGCCCAGGUCUCGCCCAACUUCUUCGAUCAUCAGGACGACCCGACGUGGAGCAUCAUCAACAAAGCGGUAAAAACCUGGUUCUAAAACACCAUAUGUACUGAACUUCUCGGGUUUGUUCAGAACUGGAAAGCCGCGGCCUUUGAGCUUUGGUCCAAGCUGGAAGCGCUCUUCCUCAACAACCAGCGCUCCCUGUAGUUCCAUCUCAAGAUGGAGCUCUACGCCGUGAAGCAGGGCGACUCCACCAUCCCGGUCUUCUGUGCCCGGCUCAAGUCCGUCGCGGACACCCUCCGCAACAUCAACAAGCCGGUCGACGACGACGAGCUGGUGAUCCAGCUUCUACGGGGUGUCAACCGGGAUCGCCACGGGACGACGGCUGCCAUCAUCGAGAAGUCGACGAACCCCGUGCCCUUCGAGCAGGCCGUCGACAUGUUUCUCCACGACGAGAUGACCUCCGGCGGCGCCUUCCCGGCCGGUUCCCACACCGCUCUUGCGGCUCACGGCCGUCCCCCUGCUCAAACUCCGGGGGGCGCCUCCGGCAGCGUCACCAAGCAGCAAGGCGGCGGCAGCAAGCCCGACACCCCCUCGCCAAACCAAGGCGCCAACAAGCGGCGGCGCUACACCAACAACGGGGGGUACCAGGGUGCGUCCUCCGGCCCCAAUCCCUGGACUGGGCAUGUGUACGCCUACCCGAUGCCGCUCCCGCCGCCGCCCCGGGCACUCCUGGGCCUCCUCGGCUCGCGUCCUCAGGCGCACGCCGCGUUCGGCGGCCCUCAGCAGCCGCUCCUGCCGGCGUACGGGUACACCUACGGCGACCCUCAUCUGCAGCCUGCACCCAUGCCGGUGUUCCCUCCGCAGCAGCAGUACCUCCAUCACCACCAGCAGCAGCAGGCGUACCUUCCGGCCUCGCCAUAGCAGCAGUUCCUGCCUCCGUCGCCCGCCGCGGCCUCUGAUUCACACGGUGUCGACCACAGCGCCUUGAUGGGCGCUCUUCACAACCUGUCCCUACAGUCUCUGAGCGACGGCUGGGUCGCGGACUCCGGCGCCUCCGCUCACAUCACCUCGGACCCCGGAUUAUGCAACCAAGGCGGAGGUCCUCCGGUGCAACAGUAGCGGCGAACUGUACAACAUCUUUCCACCGGCUGCACCCACUGCCUACGUCGCCACCGUCUCACGCCUUACAAAUCUUUGGCACCGACGUUUGGGUCACCCCGGCAAUGCCACUUUUCGCAACAAUAAAAAUUUAGACCAUUGUAAUAAAAGUGUUUCUGAUGGGUGCUUGUGCCAUGCUUGCCAGACUGGAAAACAUGUUCGUUUACCUUUCACUUCCUCUCUUAGUUCAACCACUGGUUCAUUUGAAUUACUUCAUUGUGAUCUUUGGACUGCCCCUUUAUCUAGUGUCUCUGGCAACAAAUAUUAUCUCUUAAUCAUUGA